UCGAGAUCGCCUACACCGCGCACCUGCUCAGGCUGCGCAAGCAGGCCCGCCGGAGGCGUCGCGACGCCGGCGCCACAGGCGUCGAUGACUUCCUGUUCGACGCGUUCAUCCUCUACAGCGGCAGCGACCGCCCUUGGGUGGUAGGCACGCUGGUUCCACUGCUGGAGAACGGACCACAGCGCUAUCGCAUCUGCCUUCAUGAGCGAGACUUCCAGCUGGGCACCGUCAUUGUCCAAAAUAUCUCCAGCUCCAUGGACCGCAGUCGGCACACCAUCGUCGUCCUCUCGAAGAGCUUCCUGUCCAGCCGGUGGUGCCUGUGGGAGAUGGAUUUGGCGAACCACCGUACGCUGGACCCGUCGCAGCGCGAGUUCAUCAUCCUGCUGGAGCUGGAACCGCUGGAACGUUCGGCGCUGCCGCGGCACCUGCGGUUCCUCAUGGACACCCGUACCUACCUGGAGUGGCACCAGGCGGGCGACGUCCAGUACGAGGAGCAGGCGUUCCGCAGACUCAAGAGGGCGCUGGGGCCCAGCUGCUUCACCUGCUCUGACGUCAGCCGCUGCUGACAGCAUGUGUGCCAGGGGUCACCUCACUGCCAGAGCCAUCUGGACGGCAGCGGUUGUGGUCACAAUCAAACUUGCAGUCAGGUCACAGCCGCAUCUAGACUGUAUUCAGCACCCAUGUCAAAUACCAAAUAAUGUUUGAGUACACCAGUGCCUUUGAACAUCCCUAUAGCCACUAUACCUCCUAAACUAAACCAUCACUCGAUAAACAUGUGUGUUAGGUAUCGUCGCACAAGCCAUAGAAAAAGGAAUGUUGAUCUGUCAGGCAUGAAACACAUCUGUUGUCUUUUUUCAAUGAUAACAUUCUCCAACAGCGCAGGUACUUUGACAGCCAGAAACAACUGUUCAUUUUGUCAAGUUCACUGAAUGGCCAUUAGAGUUUGCCACCAACGAUUUCUGCCUGUUAAAUAAACCACAAUGCCUUACUUAUGUGUUGGCACCAGGAAUUGCACCUGCCCAUACAUAUAGCUACUAUGGCGAUUUAUUAUCCCAUUAUGCGUGAAUCCCGCCCUCGCAAAGUGAAACCAAUGUGCGAACUGUUCAUCUUCAACA